AUGUUCUGGCUGCCGCACAGCACAGACUGCCGGCUCACCUUGUUACCGGAGGCCUGCGGGGAGAACGGGCGGUCACGCCCCCGCGCCGACAAGGAGAAGCUGCGGGAGAAGCUGGCGCUGCUGAGGCGGGAGUACAGCGAGACCGUCAUCCGGCUGCGGCGGGCACGGCGAGCUGAGCGAGCCAGGAGCCACGGCCGGCGGGAGAGGAGCCCCCCAGGUGGGAGCCACGGGGAACGGGAUGCCCCAGGUAGGAGAUGGUGGGACCGGAAUGCCCCAGGUGAGAAUUGGUGGGACUGGGAUGUCCCAGUAGGAGCCACGGGCAGUGCCCCGGGACAGCGUGAUGGGAGCACCCGGCGGUCACUGCUGUCCCUCAGUGCCCCUGCACACUGUCCUGCCGAGGAGGCUCCUGGCCCUGCUGACCCUCACUCCGGGCCCCACUGCCCACACACCCACACACAGCCCUUGCCCUGGGCUGAGCCAUGGUCUGCAGUAACUUCUGCUCUGCUUCCCUCCUCACCAGGUCUGCAGUGCUCCGGCCCUCACUGUUCCAGAGAUAACACAUCUCUCAGUGCUGACAGAGGUGGGCCCUCUCAGUUACAGACAAAAACCUGCUCUGAGGCUGACACUGAGAAGACAACGUCUGUCACAGUUAAGCAUGUUCCAGAAUUCUCCAGUGAUGAGGUCAGCCCACAGGACAGCUCCCGGGCAGAAAGCUUUCAGGCCAGCCAGGAAAACAUCAGGCCUGUCCCUGUGGAGAAAAAGCCCAAAACCUCCCAAGGCAUGAUGAAGCUGCGGAGACGAACGAAGGUUGUGGAAUCAAAAGAAAGGGAACCAGUGCAUGAUGUGCAUCUGAUCAGUGCUGGUGAAAUACUGAAAAAUCAAAUUGCCAGUGCAGAGGAGCUUCAAUCACCAGUGUUCAGGCACAGCAGCCUCUCACACACCGAGGAACCCGCUCAAAGGGCACCUGGGGCACUGCUUGUGCAGGGAGAAGGAAAUAAUUUCACUCCUGAUACACCAUCAGGGCUUGUACAGGGUGUGUUUGAGGGCAGUGCCACUGCACAAGAGCCUGAGCCAUCCCCACAUGCACUGAAGGACAGCAGGGCCAUCUGGCAGCCUGAGUCCUCAGGGGCUGUGGCCACACCUGAUAGAUGUGAGCCGUGUUAUCAGCAAGGACACUCUGUUUUACUUGACCCCCGAGGCUAUGGUGGAAAAGAAUCCCCCAGUAUAAUAAAGCAGCCAGAAGGUCAGAGUUUGUAUGAAGAUCAGGGAGAAUUACAUGGGCUCCUGGAUUUAAUGUCAGAAAAUGAAAUACUGCUUAACAGCAGAAAUAACACCAUAACCAAGGGGAGCAAAAACCAUGAAGGAGAUCAAAGUAACACUAGCACCUUAAAUCCCUGUCCUGCGGAUAAUGCUCUGGACAAUGCUGAACCUCAACAGGCUGAGGUUCAGUCAAGGCUCUCUCCCCCUGAGAAGGCAGCAGCUCCUGAGGGCAUGCUGAGCUCCUGCACAGUGGUUGAGGGGCUGCUCUUCCCCGUCGAGUACUACAUCCGCACAACUCGCCGCAUGUCCAAUUGCCAGAGGAAGGUGGACCUGGAUGCUGUAAUCCUCAGCCAGCUGGGCAGGAGCAAGAAAGGUCAGCGGAGUAAAUGCAAGCAGAAAGAUGCAAACCCCAAUAAGCCCUUGCAAGAGAGAACUGAGGGUGAUUUGGAGCCUGGGGUUGUGCCCUUCCCUUUUCUUGGGGCAGAAAAUGAUCAAGCAAACUCAAGUAAUUCUCAGAAAUCUCUUCCUGCAUCUGGCAGCAGCAGCAGCAGCAGCUGCAGCAGCACUUCUCUUAAAUCCAUUUCUCAGAAAAGCAUUCCUAGCAUAAGGCAGGAGCAGAGACAGUCCCAGAGGAAACAGAAGGGAAGAAGAAAGUCUGCUUGCAAAGCCUCCAUGCAUCCAGCAUCACAAGAUCUUAUAGAGAGUCAGGAUCACACAAUGGCCAAAGGAAGCAGUGCACUGUUGUCAAAUGAGAACCAGAGUGAAAAGGAAAACUGUGAUGCUAACCUUGAAAGGUCAUCCUCAGAUGAGGGGAGAUUGUGUGGUGCUGCAGCACUGGCAUCUGCAGGGACAGGAGUGACUGGAGCUACACAGCCAGAGGGUCCUGGCCCUGCUCUGGAUGGGAGCCAAGUGCCAGGCAAAUGCCAUAAGGCUCUGGUAGAGCAGGUUAUAAACCCCCUCCACAGCAGUGAUUCUCUGAGCCCAGGGAGUGACACUUCUGCCAGCGGUGUGGGAGAUGGGGAAGCCAGCGCUCCUGUGUGUCAGGGAGACAAACAUCCAGUGCAGCGUGUGAGGAGGCAGCGAGGAGCCCGUGGGGCUGGGCAGCUCCCCGGGGUCAGUGUCCCUGUGCGCCGCUCCGUGCGCUGCUCUGCGAGACACAGGGCCCAGGCAGGCUCACCAGAUGGCAGCAGCAGAAGACACAGCUGUCCCAUGGGUUCGCAGGGUCCUGCUGCCCUUGGGCUCCCUCCUUUGGACCCUGACACUCGUGGCUCCCUCUUCUCCUUUCGCAGCCUGCAGUGGCUGGUCCCUCAGCUGGGCAUCAGGGACUUCCACUUACCAAAUGAGGAAUUUGGAGUACUGAAACUGGAGAAAUUGAAUUCUUCCCCUGUGAAUGACUUGGAGGAUUUUGUGUCUGGGGAUGGUGUGGCUCCAGAGGACACACCAGAUGCACAAAUGAAGCCAAAAUAUAAAGGUCUCAGAAGUAAUUUGAUUUUGCCUUCCAAAACUGGAUUGCCUGAACUCCCUUGCGUGGGAAACCCGGCGUCCAAGAAGGAGCUUUCCACCCAUGAAUUGCUAUUCACUCCCAUGGGGACUGUCUUAGCUAAGACUCCCACUCACCCUGAGUCUCAGAUUUCCUCAUCCAUUUUCCCUGCUGUGGGCGCAACCCCAGGUGUUUUACCUUCAGUGCGCAGUGAGGUCACAGUGAGUAACACACCUGUACCUGCUUCAGCGACUCCACCUUCCCCCAGAGGAGCAACUGCCCUGGUCCUGGGGGAUGUGGCAUUCAGAGACCCUGCUGUGCCACUGCACCCCGACAGCUGUGCUGCAGGGGCUGCCCCAAACCAGGAGGAGCAAGGUACAACAUUUCCUUCAGCAGCUGAAAGAGGUCCUGAGAAGAAAUCUGAUGAGACUGUGUCCUUGGAGAAGCAUCGGCAGUCAGAAAACAAAGAGCAGGAGUCCUGCAGAGCUUCACCUGAGGAGAAAAAAGAUGUAGCAGAACAGUUGACUCCAGUGCUGCUGGAUGGCCCCGGAGAAGAGAGCUUGCAGUUUGUGUCAGAGCUAAAGGAUUCCUCAUGUUCAUGUGCUGUGGAUGUGAGCACGGUGUGGUGGGCAGCAGCUGGCCGCAGGGAGCUGCGAGUGGUCACUGCCUCCGAGAGCGCCGUGUCCCUCUGGCAGCCCCUGGCACCCGACUGCUGGGGCAAGGUCUACACCUGGCACCUGAGAGAGAUUCCUGUAAUCCAGAUUGUUCCUCUGCCAGACACCUGUAACCUUGUAUGUGUAGCACUGGGAGAGCUGGAGAUUGGAGAAAUAAGGCUCUUGCAUUAUUCUUCUGAGACUGACUCAUUUGAGCACUCCCUAGUGAAAACUGGGAAUAUAAAAGCAGUUGUUGGACUGAAGGACCAGAGGCUGGUGAGCAGCAGCAGGACCAUGCAGGAGCAGCAAGUGGAGAUGGUUUCACUCUCAGAGACAGGGGGGUCUCCCUUCAGGAGCAAGGACAGGCAGACUCUGAUGCCCCCUGAAGAAACUGUUACAGCCUUUGCUGAAGUAGAAGGGAUGAGAGAGGCCUUGGUGGGCACCACUGCAGGGAACAGCGUUGUGGUUUGGAAUCUAAAAACAGGUCAGCUCCUGAGGAAGAUGCAUGUUGGUUAUUCAUACCCAGCUUCCAUCUGCCAUCGAGCAUAUUCUGACUCUGGCCUUUUGUUUGUUGUUUUAAGCCAUCCUCAUGCCAAAGAGAGCGAGUCCUGUGGCAGCCCAGCAUUCCGUGUGGUGGCCUUCAACCCCCGCACGGGCCGGAGCGCAGGGGUGAUGUUCUGCUGCCUCCCCCCUGGCCCUGCAGGCAGGCGAGUCCCUGGGACUGGGCUGGGCUGGGCUGGGCUGGGCUGGCUCCUCUGGGGCUUUGGGAAAGCCCCUGGAGAGCAGGGCAGCCCUGGCAGGGAUCCAGUCCUGGUGAUAAGGGGCUGCAUCCAGAUCCGGCCGAGCCGCGUGUCCGGUGUGUGGGCUGGGGGCUGGGGCUGCUUCCUGCCCACUUCCCACACUGGGCUGUGUGCUGACCCUGAGCCCUGGCACCGUCACCACGGGGACACGGGCCUCUGCCUUUGUCCCCCAGGGACUGGGCCGUGUGUCCCUGGGCUCCUGGGCUCAGCCCCUGGCGCUGCCUGCGGCUGCAGCAGUCCGUGCUGCCAGGUUUGUGUGUGUGCAGCAGCUGGCUGCAGGCACGUGGCCUUUUCCUUCCCAUGUCCUGUUUUGAGGCAGCAGCAGGAUCAGCCUUGCAGUGUCCUUACACAGGAAAUGUGAUGGAUGUGUGGGAAUAGUGGUGGACCAAGGUCUUGGUUACUGAACAGUCAUGGAAUCACGGAAUGGUUUGGGUUGGAAGGGAGCUUAAAGACCAUCCAGUCCCACCCCAUGCUGCAUGGGACAGGGACAC